UUGCAGAUCUUACUAAUCUAAUUGCAAUUAAAUCAGUUGAGCUCGAUCUUCAUUUUCUUUUUUUGUCCUAUUUCCCCAUAGUCUGGCCAAGAAGUCUGGCUCAGAUAACGCUUUUUCUCCGUGUCCCGAGGGUGUGCCUUACUUGGGGCAUAUCAGUGCAAGCCUUGCCUAGGGGUGGGUGUGGAUUUAUCGGGGCUCGCGUGCCGCGCUCAGCAGACCCCGAGGGCACGUACUCCAGCACAGAGCUCUGCACGGGCAGUGCACAGGCACCAGCAAACCCACUUCAGACCACACCAUCCUUGCAUUCCCGUGUUCCUUUUCACUGAGCUGCUUUUCAGGGUGAACUCCAUGCUCAUUUGAAUGGCUGUAUCAGUACUGCUACUAUGAAGAAACUCAUGGCCCAGAAGCCAAACCUUCAGAUCCAGAAUGGAAUGACUGUGAUUGACAAAGGAAAGAAAAGAACCUUAGAUGAAUGUUUUCAGAUGUUUCAGAUCAUCUAUCAGGUUACCACAAGGACUGAAGAUAUUUUACUGAUAACUAAAGAUGUCAUUAAAGAAUUUGCUGAUGAUGGUGUUAAGUAUCUGGAAUUGAGAAGCACUCCAAGAGAAGAAAAUUCCACAGGUAUGACCAAAAGGAUGUAUGUUGAAACUGUACUUGAGGGUAUAAAGCAGUGUCAAGAAGAAGGCUUGGAUAUAGAUGUAAGGCUGUUAAUAGCAAUAAACAGAAGAGAUGGCCCAGCAGUUGCUAAGCAGACUGUUAAACUUGCUGAAGAGUUCCUGCUUUCCAGUGAUGGGGUUGUAGUAGGACUUGACCUCAGUGGUGAUCCCACUGCGGGACAUGGUCAAGAUUUUUUUGAACCUCUCUCUGAAGCAAAGAAAGCAGGUCUGAAGCUAGCACUGCAUCUUUGUGAGAUUCCAAAUCAAGAAGAGGAGACCAAGAUUCUCCUGGGCCUGCCUCCUGACAGAAUUGGACAUGGAACAUUUCUCAACUCCACAGCAGCAGGUUCAGAAGAGAUAGUGUCACUGGUUCAGCAGAAUCAUAUACCUAUUGAAUUUUGCAUGACAUCAAACAUAAAAUCUCAGACAGUGCCUUCCUGUGACAAACACCAUUUUGGAUACUGGUACAGCAUGGGCCAUCCUGCAGUGCUUUGUACUGAUGAUAAAGGCGUCUUCGCCACUGAUCUAUCGCAAGAAUACGAGCUGGUUGCAAAAACAUUUAAUCUGACUCGAUCACAGAUGUGGGAUCUUUCCUAUGAAUCAAUCAACUAUAUUUUUGCUUCAAAUGCAGUAAAAUCCAAGCUAAGGGAACAGUGGUGUAAGCUGAAGCCAGCUCUGUUUGAUUAAUCAAACUGUUGUCCUAAAUAGCUCGGGUGUAUUAGCUGAGUUAAUAAGCUUUUUUUACUGAAGUCCCCAGCUUUUUUCAGACCUCAGGGUUUUAAACCCAGCCAUAAACUGCCUGUGUGAUAUGAAGGCAACUGGAAUGCAUCCCUUGUAACCAGGGAUAGAAGUAAAUGUUCUUUCAGUAGGUGAGAAGGGCUCUCAACCAGUGAUUAAAGUGCCAGAUGUGUUGUCACCUUGUUUCUCUUGAGUUGAUAUGACAUUUUAAAAAUACUUAGUUGAAAUAUGUCAUCAUAAUAUAAAUGUUGAAGAGCUGAAACAAAAUAAAGGUAGAGUUAUUGGUGUUUAAAACAUGUCUGUUGGCAGCAUUCAGCCAAGCAGUUUGAAUGUGUGGUGUGUAUUUUUGGGGUUUGUAUUGUUUUCAGGUUUUGAGCUCUUGAUUGAAUGUGAAGACAGAAACAAACUCAGGGAGAAGUAAAUAUUUAUACCAAGGAAUUAAUAUUGUAUCUGUUUUUAUUGCUGUACCUGUAUGACUAAAGCUGCUGUGGGUUGAGUAGCACGAGGGGGUCUCUGCUGGUGCCCUGGGCACUGGUGGUGUGUAGGCACUUAAGAAUCUUGAAUGCCUUCAGUAACUGAGCUACUUGGCAAAGUGAUCUCAUUCUUAAAAUGCUUUUCAGAAUUGCUGUUUGUUGUGUAAAAAAAGGAAUAAAAAUAACCUCAAGCUCCAUGUUUUUGAAACCACCACUUUAAGGUGUGCAUGUGUGUGUUUGAGCUCUACAGAAGAGAAGCAGGAUUCUGUGGGGUGAGUUCCUGGAGCACCGUGCUGCCUGCCAGCCUCUCCCUGCUGCUGUGGCAGCCCCUGGCUCUCCCUGUCCUGGGCAGCCACAGGGUUCACUCCCCAAGCACCUGCCUGUGUGUUCUGGUGCUGAGAGCUCACAAAAUCUGUGCACAUGCUGUAGUUUGUGUCAUGGGAGUCGGGAGGUCACCUGGAGGAUCCCAUUUGUGUGCAGUGAAAGAACCAGGAAUGUAUGUGGGUGGCUAAAGAGCAACACACAGAGCUGGGAUUUCUGUGUAUAGGAGUCUAACUGUGGGUUACUGCAGUUAUGUACACAGCAGAAAUGUUACACUUAGGAAGUUGGACAGGAUGUGGACUUUUGGAAUGAAGAAUCACCAUCUGAUGAGACCUUUGUCAUGCACAGUUCCCAAGAUGACCAUUGCAACUUCCCUGGUCCCUGGGCUAGUUUUCCAGUUUAACUUUUGUAAGUAAAACUGUAGUUUCCUUCUUUAACUUCCUGUGGCAUUAUAGUUAAUUUUAAUUUAAGCACUUCUUGCUGAGCCUGCUUGUCAAAUUCUGAGUUAGCAGUGACAUAACUACUGUUUAGUUUAUAAUAUUGUAUAAAAAUGACUGUGGCACACAGAGUGAAGCAUCAUCACAGAAUUAACCAUCAGUAAUGGGGCAGAGAAAAUUUUUUUCCCUGAAUGCAAUGGAAAUUUUGAGUAACUGCUACUAGAAUUCCAUGUGGUAUAAGAUGAGGUUUAAGUUAUCUAUUCAUGUGCAGCUCAACUUAUUUUUAAAGUAAACAAAAUAGAUCUAGAGUUAAUAUUUUUAUUUUCAUCUGAUUAUACACGAGAACACUUACAGAGCAAUCUCCACUGCUCGGUCUUUACUCAUGAAAAUGCACACUGAUUCAAGACAAGCAGUCUUGAGCAAUACUGCUUUGGUGAUGUAUGUGAGAACAAUUGCUCACUGUGUGGCAUUGGUUUCUCUGUUCCUUCUGUGGCAAACACAGGAAGUCUUCAAAACCCCAGCUCCCUAUGAUAAGACUGGUAAUAUUCCAUAGCUUUUCAUAAUAUAGCCACUAAAGUGUAAGUACACACUUCUCCUCAGGAUCCUAGCUUGGCAAAUAAUGUACUUACAUCAAUGAUUUAUAUGGCUGCUUGAAUAUUUAGGUGUUUCAAAAGAAUACAUUAUAAAGAAUGGAUGCAGGUAGGGCCCUGCAUUAGCUAAGUGAUUCAGCUGAUUAAAAGGCUAGCACGUCCCUCCUGUGAGGCCUAGAGAGUGGGCACUGGUUAGAUUGGAGUGGAGAGGGCUCUGGGGGAGGAUCUCAUCAAGUUUUUUAAAUAUCUGAUGAGAAGAAGUAAAGAAGAUGGAGCCAGGCACUUCUCAGCAAUAUCCAGUAACAGGAAAAGGGGCACAGACUGGGUUUGUGUGGGUGGUUGAACAUGGGAACACAUCAGCCAGACAGGCUGGGAGUCUGUCCUUGCAGAUACUCAAACCUAUCAAUGACUUGUAGCUUCAGCAAAGGAGGUGGACUGGGCAAUCUCCAGAGAUGCCUUCCAGCC